AUUUGUCUCUCGCCAUUUUGCGAGAAUGUCAGCCAAAUCAUCAGCUCGCUUUUAUAGUUAAUUUUUAUGUUAUUUUCCGUGUAAUUACAGUGAUUUUAUUUUUUAAUACAUCACAUAACAACUGUGCAGUGAAAUGGAUCGAUUUAUAAGCAUGUGGAAAGUCCGGGAGCUGGCGGACAAAGUGACAAAUGUGGUGAUGAACUACACGGAAGUCGAGGGCAAGGUUCGGGAGGCGACAUCCGAUGAAGCCUGGGGUCCCACGGGCCAGCAAAUGCAAGAACUGGCGCUGGCCACGUUCACAUACGAGCACUUCCCCGAGGUUAUGUCGAUGCUCUGGAGACGGAUGUUGCACGAUAAUAGGGCUCAUUGGCGACGCACUUACAAGUGCCUGCUAUUGCUGAGCUACCUGGUUCGCAACGGAUCGGAGCGCGUGGUGACUUCAGCUCGGGAACACCUCUAUGACCUCCGGUCCCUUGAGAACUACACCUUUGUGGAUGAGCUGGGCAAGGAUCAGGGUAUAAACGUGCGACACAAGGUACGGGAACUGAUCGACUUCAUCCAAGACGAUGACAAGCUGAGAGAGGAACGUAAGAAAGCCAAGAAGAAUAAGGACAAGUAUAUCGGCAUGUCGUCCGAAGCCGUCGUGUUGGGGGCGCGAGGAGGGGGCGGCUGGGGGGAGUACAGCGACCGGGGGACCUCGUGGGAUGAGAAUAAGGAGAGGAACGACGAGGAUGAUUAUGAGAGAGAAGACUCGGACGGUGACUACGGACACCGGAAACCUAACAAAGAGAACGUAUACCGUGACGCAGAGGUGUUAGAGGAGAGCCCGCCACGCGCUAAAGUCUCACGAGAGCCUCGCCCACUCAAUAUUAGUCUACGCAGCCCCGCUAGAGCUAAACCCGCGACACCCGCCAAGAAGAUCGACUUGGGAGCCGCUGCUACAUACGGCAAGACAACAACGGCAGCCACUGUUGACAACGCUCCAGCGACAAAUAAUUCUCAAGAGUUGCUGGACGAUCUGUUCAAGACUUGUGGGGGGCCCGUCCCCACCCCCACCCCCACACCCAGUAACAAUAGUAUCUCUACUAACCUAAUUGAAGAUGAUUUUAAUCCCAGAGCGGAAGAAAACCCGCAACCGGGGAAAAACGAGGAAUUCGGGGACUUCGCCGCCGCCUUCGGUGCUUCGCCCGCCGUCACCCCUGCGACACUUGCGCCCUCUAACAUGGCAACACUGACGACGCUAGCGACCCCCACGCCUGCCUCCGACGGGGGUUUUGCAGAUUUUAGUGCUUUCACUGGCACGACGCCUACUCCAGCUCCAGUUCCAGCGAACACCUCGAACCUAUCACUCCUGACCGAUCUGGACCCUCAACCCCUGAGCUUCGACCUUGACAGCAUCAGCUCACAAUUGGCUACCACAACAUUACAGCCUACAGGAGACGGUACGGAGCUAAAGCACAGACACACACCCAUGCAACGACGUCUUACCGAAGCGGUGAAACAACUUAUAGACACUCUCCGAGCCAUUGACAGGAUAAAAUCUCAAGACGACGUUUUAAAUAUACUUAAUUCAAUUGAUAUCGUUAAAAAAUUACUCCCCGGACCCAUCACUAUACAGAAAUUAGACAAUACCGACCCCAGGAUAUUCGAUAAAGAAUUGACGGAUCUGUAUUCUCAACUACUCGGGACCAUAGUCAGGGUUAUAUUGCCCCAGUGGCCCGCAUUCAGAGAUGAGGUUACUUAUUUAUUCAUUAUAGAGGAGGGUUUUUAUCUCGGUCAUGAUAUAUUGACAAAUCUGUGUGGUUUCCUGAAGCAGGAUAGGAGCAAUCCGGUCAUUGAUGGCUUAGCCCACAUAGCCUUGGAAUAUACUAAAAGCGAUGCGAUUCUGGCCUCGAUUAUAGACUGUAGCGGUCGGAUUCUAGAGGAUUAUGAUAGAGAUACGCUUCAAGCGGAGUGGGAAUGCUACGUCCAGCUACUGGCCACGCUACCAGAGCGCGUAGCCAAUAGACUGGAGACCAGGUCGCCUAAGGAAUUCUCCCAUGAAAACUAUUCCUGUCUUCUCCUGUUCCAUAUUGUCAGAUGUAUAGACUAUAUGUCCGAGAGUAGCUUCCAUCUUGGCACUCAGUAUGACCUGACUUAUCUUUCUCAUUUAAUGUCGAAAUUCAUAACAAAUUACAGCCUGAGUAACGCGGAGGGCGUUUUCAAAUUCAUCGACAUACUGAUAGCCUGGACGGACAACCACAAUACGGAUCAGUGUAGAUACGUACGCAGGAAAUUGAUACAGACUUUACUGGGCAAGUUGAAUAGGCAAGCUAUAGAUAAAAUGUCCCUAAUCCUCCUUACUCGCAGUCCCAUCGACUACAAAACUAAGGACCAAGCCAUACGGAACGUACUCGGUAACAACUUAGACACAAACAAGGAUUGGUAUGAUAUAUUAACCUUCAGGAUACCAUUCUACGUUCACCCUAAAGACUUUAGAGACACGAGGAUACCAGAAAACCUUGUAUACUACGUAUCGACAAGCAAGAACUCUGUCCAAAUUUUAACGGAGAUGGUCCUUAGGCUGAGUAGGACGUGGGCAGAUGUUCAUCUCAAUAACGUAGUGAAUAUAGACCAUCACAUGCAUACUGCAGUACUUUUAAUACUGGCUGUGAGAUACCGCUUGGCGCUGUGGAGACGGAGACAGGGACCCUGGAACACCAUGGAGCUCAAGAGGAUCCUCUACAAGGGUAUGUCUAAACAUUUGGACAUAGUGUCACAAGAGUUUCGCUGUGUGGGUACGGCCACUAUCGAGUUAAUCUUGAAAAUGUUGCUUGAAGUAGAUGACUCCGAUAGGAAGGCUGUAGAAUGCCUCAACUUCGACUUCGAGAAGUUGGGUCAAGUGUGCGUCGAUAUAUUUAACACGUUACAGGCGGUCACCCAGAAGUGUCUCAUCGAUGAUAAGUCCAAGAAACCCACUGCGGAAGCGAGGGUUAUCGAUCUCAAAAGUAACUUAGAUGAAAUAGCCGACAAAGUUUCGGGGAAAGUAGAGAAGCCUGUUCAUAAUACAAUAGUGACGUGCGCCGUCAAGGGCCCCCAGCAGACUAAGGAAAUAGUCAAGACAAUUAUAUCUGCGAAACUGGACGCGCUAGAAAAAACUGGGAAAAGUGAAGACUUAGACUCUGACGAUGAUCUCCAGCCCUACGAUAUGAGCAACGACGUCACAGUCGCGUCGAAGAAAAAGCCGAAGUUCUUGAAAGAUCUCAUUGAAAUAAUCGUCGAGGCGAAAGAUCUAGAAUCAUUCGAGGCGGCCGUUACGACCGCAGAAAAUUUAAUAACUAAACAGCUGAAAAACGAAAGUGAAACCCUAGCGAUCGAACUUUUAGACACGUUCGUGCAUUUGGAUGAAAAAUUCCAUGUGGACGGCUUCAAUAAUAUUAAAUUGAAAACUUGCGUGGCGAUAGUUUGUAGCCACCCUAAAGUUUGUGCUGAACACUUGUGUAAGGAAAUACACGCCGACGUCGGUCGGUACUCGAUAGCCACUAAAAUAUUCAUGUUAGACGUUUUUACGGAAGCGGCCGAAACAAUCGCCGACUUGAAGCCUGAAACUGAGGAAAAACCGAAGAAGGGCGAGACUCAGACCAAAGAACUACCGCGCGAAGAGAUAUUAAGGCGGCGUUUAUUAAAAAAGACGAAGUACUACCACACGAAACGAUCACAUCCCUUAUCAAAGGCGAAGAAAAACAUGUUCGCAGCGGUCUCGGACCACUUCUUCUAUCCUUUGAUUAGUGGCUUCGGUUACCGUCAACUAACUUUGAGUCACCACAACAUGAAACAGGAUAUUGACAAAUUACUUCUUUUGCGAUACAUGUCUGCGGUCGGAACUAUCAUUCUAGUUUCCAAAAAUUGUCCAAAAUGCCCAGUAUACUGCAGAGAGAUUUUACAAAUGGUCUUGUAUUUGAGAUUUUCCCCAGACCCGAAGAUACAGACGGCUGUCCUCUCGAUAAUAGCCUCGAUAGCUGUAGCUUUACCCGAGUCAUUCUUAAAAGGCGAAUACUACGAGGUUAUGAUGGAAUUAUCCUCGUGGCUGGUGGACUGUCUAACAAAUGCCGAUCUAACUCAUCGACUUGGGGGUCCAAAAUCCGACGCUGCCAUUUUUGCUGCAGAAGUUUUGCACUUACUAGAAUCCGUUCUCUCUGAAUAAUUCCAAGCUGUAAUUAGUCGACAUAACAGUAGUUCGUAAGUUUAAUUGUAAUUUAAUGUUUCGUUUAGCGAUAGUUGUCCUAAUUCUCUGUAAUACCCACCGUGAUUCGGCGAUCUGUGAAUAAAAUUUUUUCUCGACA